UUGCCUAAUUGCUGCUACUGCUAAAAAGCUGCCACGUGUGGAGCACAAGGAGGCUCUCUCCCCUGUUGGUUUGGUUGUAAGAAUCCAUGUUGACCUGGAGUGUACCUGAAAAUACAAGAUAUCUUACCUAUGUCUCUUGGAGCCCCAUUGCCAACAGUCUCAUCUAUUCUUUUUCAAAAAAGAAUAAAUAGAUAUCAAUCCAUACACAGUCAGAUAUGGACAAGUGAAAAGAGAGUGGCCAACAAGUGCCCUUUGUUAUUUCCAUUGCUCAUUCGUAUUUCAUGAAUGGAUAUACCAGUUUUCCCGUUUCUAACAACUUCCUUCCAGAUGUGUUAUUUUGCUAUACAACUAUGCCUUUAAACAUAAGAGCUAAGCCCUCGCACAGCAAGCUGACUGCUGCUGCAAAGGGUGGUGGGCACAAUGAUGGCAGCACAUCUCAUUCACGCUUCUCAAGGUCUGCAAAACAGGGAAAAGGCAAACAGGCUGUCAACUCAGGUCCUGGGUCUCGCUCAGGACUCGAGCCUGGCUCUGUGUCAGGGGGUGGACCUCCACCAGCAGCUAAAUUGGCUGGAUCACAAAGUUCAGUUUCAAAGCCUGUUUCAAGAAUCAAAGUCAGCGCAUCUACAGCAGACAAAGGCUCAGCUCGUGGUUCAGCAACAGCUCCGGGUGGUAAAACCCUGUCCAUGGAGAACAUCCAGUCUUUAAGUGCGGCCUAUGCCACUUCUGGAACCAUGUAUCCCAGUGAGCGGGAGUCUUUGGAACCCUCUGGUGGGUACCCUAAAGGUACCAUGACAUUAGGCCGGAGUACACACCGCUCAUCUUACACGAGCCGUACAACAGCUAUUGGAAGCACCCCAAACAUCACAGCCUCCAGUAUGCAUCACAUGUCCGACUGUCGUGCAGACCAAACUGUACUUUCUACAGGAACUUCCAGUUUGCGACGGCAGUAUGGAAGAUGCACGCAGACACUGGAUUUAGCUGAUCAGGGAGAAGUUUCCACCUAUGAUCUCCAAGCACAGCUGAGGGAUCUGCAGAGGGAGAAUCAAAGUCUCCGGAGAGAACUGGACGGAGGGAGGGAUGGAAAGACAGGCUAUGGCACGAAUAGUGUUAAUUUCUGGAGCCGAGAUGGAAAGCGAGACAAGGACAGUAGGCGUGAAGAUGAAGUAAAGAUGCCAGCUGUAAAGGAGCAAUGCAGGGUGAACCAAGAAGAUUUACAGCUGGGGGAUGUCAGAAGAAACAAGCAGCUUCCAUUGACAGUUCAGGAGCUACAGGAGGAGCUGAGAGCUCACAGAGAAACAAACAGUCGCCUGCGGCAACAGCGGCCACAGGGUAGCUCCUACCGAGAACACCAAAUGGACCAGGAGUUCAGAGGGGGGGUCACCCCUGGGCACAGUCCCAGACAAAGUCCCAUAAACCUGCACAGUCACGCACCAAAGAACAGCCCCAAAGCAAGCCCGUCUAACACCUACAAUCCAAGGCAACAAGAAGCUGACAUCAUCAUUCACAGUCCCGGCUAUGGGUGUAACACAUUGGCAGCCACACAGACGCUUAGCCCAGUUAGCACUCUUCUGCCUGGGCAGAGGAACAGCCUAAACCAGCACCUCUACAGUCCCAGCCAAGGUCCGGGUGCAGUGCCCAGCUCUAGUCCCCGUCGUCCCUGUAGCCCCUGUCAGGUGCCUGGGUGUGACGGCUUUUCGUCACCUCCUCCUCAGGAUCCAACAGAGGAAAACUUCUUCCGACUGCAAUCAGAACAUGAGCGUCAAGCCAACGAGCUGUCCCUGCUGAGGAAGACCAUGGAAGAGAUGGAGUUGAGAAUUGACUCCCAGAAGCAGACGCUGGGUGCACGAGACGAGAGCAUUCAGAGGCUCCUGGAGAUGCUUCAGGGUCAGGGACACUGGGGACGGGGACAGCGGACAGGCAUUAUUACCAUGGCAGCACAGGAGGCUGAUGCCCACUUGGAGAACAUGCAUUUGAGAGAGAACACGAAUCCUUCUUUCUGUUUUGAUCCUGAUGUUAUCUGGCAGGACACCAAGAUCUCUUCCCUGGAGAGAAACAUCAGAGACUUAGAGGAUGAGGUCCAGAUGCUAAAAACCACUGGCCUGUUGCACCCUGAUGACAGACAGGAUGAACUCAAGCAGGUGGAAGUCUACAAGAGCCACUCUAAAUUUAUGAAAACUAAGGAGCAGGCAUUGUCAACACAUGUGUCCUCCAUCAGACAAGCUCCCACCUUCCUCAUGCCCACCCAACUACCUUGGAUCACAGAACAAAAAGAAAUAGAGCAGCUGAAGCAGGAGCUGAACAGGAAGGACUCAGAGAUGCAGGCCCUGCAAACCAAACUAGAAACACUGAACAAUCAGAACUCAGACUACAAGCAACACAUCGAGGUACUAAAAGAGUCGCUUAGUGCCAAGGAGCAGCGCGCCAACACUCUGCAGACAGAGGUUGACGCUCUGCGAGUGCGCCUGGACGAGAAGGAACAGAUUCUGACUAAGAAAACCAAGCAACUGCAGGACUUAAGUGAUGAAAAGAGCACACUGACAGGAGAAAUCAGAGACAUGAAGGACAUGCUGGAUGUCAAGGAGAGAAAAGUGAAUAUCCUACAGAAGAAGAUUGAGAACCUUCUGGAACAGUUAAAGGAUAAGGACAAACAGCUGGUUGGAUUGAGAGAAAGGGUUCAGGGCCUUCAAACCGACUCCAGCAACACAGACACAGCUCUGGCCACACUGGAAGAGGCUUUAUCGGAAAAGGAGAGAGUGAUUGAAAACCUCCGGGACCAGAAGGAACGAGAUGACAGAGUGAGGCUUGAAGAGAUGGAGCAGAUGAGGAAGGAGAACCAGGAAAUGAAGGACAAACUGGCUGCUCUGCAACCCCAAAAAUUGCCAACGACCCAGGUCACUAAAUCCAGCUUAAUCCAGAACCUGAGGCCUGAUGGGGAGGUUCAACCCAAAGUAGAUGGGCUUUCAGCAGUCAGCCCUAUGACCCAAAAACCAGAAGAAACUGUCAGAAUCUGUCCAGACAUCGCAGAUCGUCUAAGGCUUCUCGAGCAGGAAGUGGCCCGGUAUAGAGAAGAGUCUGGAAAGUCCGAGGCUGAGGUGGAGAGGCUAAAGGGAGCACUACAGGAUGCUGAAGUGGAAAAAUCGUGCAAGGAGAAGAAAAUUACUGAUCUUGAGAGACCUGGGCAAAUCAAGUGUCCAAGUAUCCAGAAGCAGAUGACGCCUGGUGAGAUAAGGAAAGAUGUGGCUGCAGAUGGACACCCACACUCUUUAUCACAGCUUUGCACUUCCCAGGAUGCUAUGCGUGAGACGGCAGAGCGGAUAAUGGAGCUGGAAAAGGCUCUGAGAGACACGAUGAACACCUCGGCACAUAGGGAGGCUCUCUGGGCGCAAGAGGAGGCUGCACGUGUUCAGGCCCAGAGACAGUUGGAGGAGCUGAUGGGAGCUUUAGAGAAGACUCGCCAGGAGCUGGAUGCCACUAAAGUACGUCUGUCCUCUACUCAGAAGUGCCUACAUGAACGGGAUGGACACCUCAAUCAACUGCAGCAAGAGAGACGCAAACAGCUGGAGGAGAUUCUUGAGAUGAAACAGCAGGCUUUGCUGGCAGCCAUCAGUGAGAAGGAUGCUAACAUUGCCCUUUUGGAGUUAUCUUCCUCCAAACGCAAGAAAGCCCAAGAGGAGGUGAUGGCUCUGAAGAGGGAGAAGGACAGGCUUAUGCACCAGCUCAAACAACAGACUCAGAGCAGAAUGAAGUUAAUAGCAGACAAUUAUGAGGAAGACUACAUCCACCCCCAGCAUCACCCUCAUCAUUUGCACCACAUGCAUCCAGCAAAAUUACACCACCGAAGUCUGCCAAGAGGGGACCCUCAUACCAACCACCGACCUCCAAUGGAUCAGGAUGAUGAAGAGGGAAUAUGGGCUUGAUGAGGGCUAUCCUUGGGAACCUGCAUCUCUUUGGCGGCUCAGCAUUUGGACCCACAGAAAUGAUUAGCUUCAGCUCCAAGGACCACAGAAUCUAUCCUUGUUUUCAGACCCCAUUAUAAAAAUACAAAAGUGCAUCAGAUUUGGCUUUUAAAAGCUAAAGAAUAUCCAUGUCACUGAUAAAAAGUCCUAUUCACAGACUAACGCAGUGGCCUGCUGGGGAUCCGUGCUCCUUGUGGAUAAUUAUUGGGAAGCUAGCGCCUGCCUUGAAUUCCUGGGCUGUAUGAAAGCUGUAUUCGUUUUGCAGUGCCGUGGUGCUAUAGAGGCCUGACUUCACAUUAACAAAGAGACACAACAGUGCUGAUGACUGCAAGUGAAAUGAAGCUGAUCCAGACUACCAAGCCCCAAACCCAUACCUGUUCAGGUUUACAUUGGCAGGAAUGUGUUUACUUCUACAGCUAAAUAUCGGACCUUUGUAAAUAUGACAACAUGGACCUCAAAAUCAGCACCGACCAAGACCUUCUCAAUGUACCGUGCCAAAGGAAUUCCCCCAGUCCAAUAGGAUAAAUAAAUAAGAUGGAACUGCAACUGAUUCAACUUUUAUCCAAGACUGUAAUUAUGUCCAGUUUACUUAACCAUCUUUAGUACUUGCAAAACCCCUUGGUACUUUUAACACUAUAGUCACAUUAGAACCAAAACUUAAGUGUAUUUUAUUGGGAUUUUAUUGACCAACACAAAGUAGUGCAUAUUUCUGAAGUUACUUUGUAGAACCACCUUUUGCUGCAAUUGCAGCUGCACAGCUUUUGGGUUAUUUCUCUAAAAACUUUAUUUUCCUCCCAUUCGUUUUUUUAUAGAAUAGUUUUUUGUUGGUCAGAUUGGAUGGAGAGUAUCUGUGACAUUGAAUUUCAAGUCUUGCUACAGUUAAACAACUCGAUUUAAGCCUGAACUUUCACUAGGCCAUUCUAACACACGGAUAUGAUUUGAUCUAAAUGAGGGGUGUCCAACAUCAGUCCUCAAGAGUCAGUAUCCAGCAGGUUUUAGAUGCUGAUUCAAAUUCUGCCAUCUUAAUGAUUCACCAUCCAGGAUAUGUGUUCAGCAUGGUAUGCAGAGUUAUUUUUCUGGCACACAUAGCACAAUGCAUGUAGGCUAAAUUUCAGUUUUGGUAUCAUUUGACUAAAGCAGAUGGCACCAUAUUAGCAAAUUUACCAAUGUGUGUAGGUCCUUAACAUAAAAUCCCAAUGAAAACACACCAAAGUGUGUGUUUGUAACAUGAUGCAAUAUUAAAAUGUUCAAAGGAUAUAAGUAAUUUUGCAAGGCAUUGCAUAAUACAUUUCAUCCACAUACUUAAAAAUUUAACCUUGAUAUUCACGCAAAGAAGAAGAGAUUCAGCUUAUAUUCAAUCAGUUUACAGUGAAGAAAAAUUGAGUGUUUUUACUUUUCUCCUUUUGUUUAAUGUUGUGCUCCGUUUGAUUUUCUACAGCUGAAUUAUCUGAGUGCCACUCUUAUUCUUUUCUUCUUUUUACAUCAGCUGUGUGUCUUAUACUGAAGAGUGAUGUAUUUUAUUGUCUAUUUAUUAAUCUUGUGAAUCUCUGUGAUUAAUCUAACACUGAAGUGACUUGCAUUUCAAAAAAACUAUUAAUUGUUUCACUGUACUAAAUGUUGAUUUGUGGUGACAAUAAUUGCUGCAUUGUUGUGACUCAGCAGCUUGACAGUGUGUAAAUUACUUAAUAUGUACAGUCACUGUAAAAUGUAUAUGUAGGGGUGUGUGUGUGUGUGUGUGUGUGUGUGUGUGUGUGUGUGUGUGUGUGUGUUUGUGUGUGUGUGUGUGUGGUUUGGUCCUGCUCACUGAGUUGUAGUGACUGUGAAAGUCUGGGGAUAACAGUAUUCACCCUUGGCUCAUUCCACAAUGUUUGGCAGCUUUCGGUUUGUUCAUGUUGUUUGAAUAAAACUUUUCACUUAA